GUCAACUGUCCCUCCCUCCAUACUAGCGAAGCUUAGCUACUCAGUCGCCUUCGGACCUUUCCUAGCAUUGGGUAUUGGGUUAGUUAAAAACCUCUUCACGUAUCUAAAACCAAAGACCAAACACAAAAACAUUGAAGCUAGCUAUGAAAAAAUUACAGCAGCCUAAUCUGAGUUUCCAUGGCCAGAAGUAUACGUGAAGCUAUUGCAAAGAUGACGCAACUGGUUUGCCGGAAAAUAGUUCACAUAAACUUCCGGUGGAGUGUUCUAGACAGGGUUUCGAUUAUCCGGGAGUUUUUCCGGUUCAUUUGGGAUAAAAUUCUUGUCUGUUCGGUCGGGAGGCAAAGAAUCCGGUACCGGAGAUUGACAAGAGGAGAGUCUUCGUCGCCGCCGCCGGAGGCCAUAGAAGCGGCUUUGCCGACGACGAGUAGUUAUGAGUGUACGGAUGAGGAUUUGGUGAGGUUGAAGAUCAGUUUGUUGGGUGAUUGCCAGAUUGGAAAGACAAGCUUUAUGAUUAAAUAUGUUGGGGAUGAGCAAGAAGAACAAAGAUGUUUGGAGAUGACAGGAGUGAGUUUAAUGGAUAAAACAUUGAUGGUUCAAGGUGCUCGGAUUUCCUGUAGUCUUUGGGACGUUGGAGGCGAUAGGAGUUCGCUGGAUCAUGUUCCGAUUGCCUGUAAAGAUGCAGUGGCGAUUCUGUUCAUGUUUGAUCUUACUAGUCGGUGUACGCUCAAUAGUGUCGUUGGAUGGUACAGUGAAGCAAGAAAAUGGAAUCAGACUGCAAUUCCCAUACUAAUUGGGACAAAAUUUGAUGAUUUUGUGAGACUUCCUCCAGAUCUGCAAUGGACAAUUAUUACCCAGGCGAGGGCUUACGCAAAAGCUAUGAAGGCGACCCUUUUCUUCUCAAGUGCAACCCACAACAUCAAUGUGAACAAGAUCUUCAAAUUCAUCUUGGCCAAGCUAUUUAACUUGCCAUGGAAGGUAGAGAGAAAUUUGAAUAUUGGGGAGCCCAUCAUCGAUUAUUAGAAAACUCUCGACUUUUCUGUUCACUGGAUUCCAUUUGUACAUAGCUGAGAAAAAAGAAACGAAAAAUAAACCAAAAGAAAGAAAGCAAAAAGAAAAAGAAAAAGAAAAAGAGAAAGGAAGAUUUUUCAAUAUUCCAAGGAAUAAUUGACCCAACGACAACCCCUAUUUUUUUUUUCUUUUGGCCUAGAGCUCACCCCUAUCUUGCUAUUUCAUAUUGAUUACACAGUACUGUUUGGAAGAACAAAAUGUUUCAUUGGAACAAUUUCUUUUCUUCUUCUA